AUCGACCAAUCGGAACGCAGAGGGGGCGGGACGUCGAUGUCAGGAGGCGGAGCUUUUUCCAGAAGUUGAGUUCCCCGUCUGCUGUCAUUAAACUUUCUAAAACUUCGCGUCAGUCCGCUGUUGCUGCUCCGCCAGCACGCACCGCCUGCCUUCUUCACACAGACUGUUGCUCUACGAUAUAGUACUCUUAAUAAUGCACGGCCAUGACACUCUACUGCUUUUCUUGUCUUUUAUUCUCUUUCGCAUCGGACAGAAGGCAAUAUCAGCACAAUCUGCCAUGUACGAGACAGAUGUGGUCGUACCGCAGGAGCUGCGGCCGGACGAGGUGCACCUGCUCCAGGGAUCCUACAGGUGGAGCAGGGGUCGCAGACCACGCUCGGACCAUCAGCAGGAGGACCACCUGUUUCUAAGGCUGCCUGCUUUUGGAAAGGAACUGUACUUGCAGCUCCAGAGAGACGACUCUUUCCUGGCUGAGGGGUUUGUGACGGAGGAGAGGACCAAGGAGGGCAGCGUUCAGCACAAGCCUGUUUUAAGUGUCCGACAGUGUUUUUAUGCUGGAACAGUUCUCAAUCACACAGACUCUUUUGCCUCAUUGGAUGCUUGUGGUGGACUGACUGGCCUGGUUCAGACUGAAGAGGAAAGACUGUUCAUCGAGCCAGUGGGCCAGGCCACGGAUUCCUUCUCUGGCUGGGAACACCGAGUGAUUCGGGAAAAGCAUUCUUCAUCAGACAGACCUACAACUGCUAAAGACAGCAGCCCAAAAUUCUGCCAAACCAUCCGAGGUUAGACGAUCACUGCACUGAAAUGUGGUGGGCUUAACCGUGUCAAGUGUGGCAAGCCCAUUGAUUUAGAGGUCACUUUAGUUCGGUUCUGAGCUCUACGGGGAUUUAAUUUUUUUGUCAAAUUAUGGGUGCAAGUGGGAAAAGUGGUCAAUUUAUGCAGUCAGUUACAUAUGCUGUGCAAUAACUGCCCUGUUUAACCUCAAUUUCAUUAAAAAAUCUUCACUUUUUUCUUUGCUAGAAAAGUGGUUCUCAACAAGAGACACAUAUUUUGGAUAUCCUACAAUCAUAAACAAAACCUGUCCAUGUGGGCAUCUGCCAAAUGUGGGUAACUUCUACCAAGUGACAGAUAAACAUUGUGCCAAAAUACCAUUUAUGUAGUGUUUUUAGAGCCUUUGACAUCAAAAGAUGAAGCCUUAUGUAAAACCUUUUAGAAGUUGAUUGGUUUUGCUUUUCUAAUUAUCAUAUGGUUAGUUCCAUUUCAUUAUUUGCAUUUGCUCUUGGUGAUCCUUUUAGACCAGACCUGUGAACCUCUUUGGAUCACGACCCAGCUGUUGCUCUAGGAGUCUGUUAUCAUAAUCUCACGCUCAGAUUCUCAUGUGUCCCCCAUCUUCCUCUUUCCUCCAGGACUUCUUAAGAUUCAAGAGUUGUCAAGUCCGUAAAUCAAGUGUUUCAUAGCAAUGUUAUGACUCUGUGUAACUCUUUGAUGUCUUCAUCCUCUUAACUUCGCUGAUAGACGGUGGGAGAGAGAAAGCUCAGCUGUUUUGCUCUUUAAUGCCUUGAUCACGCUGGUAAACGACAGUAAACUCCUGCUAGAACGUGCAGCUUUGUUGCUGAAAUACUACCAGAAAGAAAGCAAGAAUUCUGUUGGCCUGCUCACGUACAUUAAUAAUGCCGUGCAUAUUUUCCAGCCCCUUGGGCCUUUCUUUGCCAGGAUUAUGGAUUUUUCUUGCUGAAAGGAAUUCGCAUAUUUGAAUGUGGCCUCGGAGGCUCUAAACGCCUCCAGCACCUACAGGUUUUCAUAUUCCAGGGCAGGAAGUAUUGUCUAAGAAUAUUGCAUUAUUGGAUUUGUAGUUUACCCUUUGAAAUGAAGAUGCAAUUAUCCAAAAAUCCCAGUUUGUGUAUCAAUGUGUUUGGACAUAUACAAUCGUACGGGCCAACCAAAACAAUUUAUGGUAUUUCCUGUUAUACACUACCCUAGUUUGUGGCUGAUUGCAGACUAAAAGUCCCCUUGAACCCUUAGCUCCUAGUUCACUUUUUUUUUGCUUUUGACUUUGUGCUCUAUGAAUAUUACAUAACCAGAAGAUGAGAAGACCACCGGCAAGCUUGACAAGUAGAUUUUUUCCAUAUGCCAAUAUCUGGGAAUUUAAGUAACCCAAACCAUCUCAUAGUGGAAAAAAAUAAAAAAAAUACAGGAAUUGAAAACAAAGGAAUAAAUGGAUAUAGAGUUUGUGUUUCAGGCAUGCGGUCAGCCUCAAGCAAUCUUGUCUCUGCUGUAAAAAAAGCUCCAGGUGCAUUAGUGAUUCUGUUUCCCUCGGCACCUGGUGUCUGCGAGUCAGUCAGUCAGUCAGGCGAAGGACCAAUAGGCGAAAAAAGUGCCAAAUUUGGGGGGAAAAUUCUUUCCUUUGCACUCACGUCUGUCGGAGGCCUUUCAGCGGGCCUGCCAGAGUCUUCUCUCUUGUUUCCCACCAGUGUUAGGGAAGCUGAUUCGAAACCUAAGCUUGCCAAGCUACAAGCUGCUCAUAAUUUAAAGUAGUUCAAAUACAGUCAGGCUGCCCUUUUGAUAAAGUGGUCUGUUCCACGAACAGUGUGAUUUUCAGUAAAAUGCGCUCAUACAGUAGUCUGAAUCAAGUUUGAUGUUAUUCUUAUGUAAGCAGGAUUAGGUUAGACACUGCAAAGCAUUUUUAAUAGUACUGUAUUAUAAAAAAUCCUCGAUUGCAUUUUGCCAAUGUCUAUUAACCGGCAAAAUACCAGAAGUGGUGCAUUCCACAGACGAGAAUCCACGAAAUGCACCAAAAUAAUCAUUAGUGACAGCCCUGAUUUUAAUGUAUUUUGAAAUGUAAUUUAUUCCUGUGAUGCAAAGCUGAAUUUUCAGCAUUAUAA